UAGAUAAUUACCCUUGAAGAAAACUGAUGAUUCCUCAAAACUCUAUUCUUUUGCAUUAAUGAGACCCAUCACUCUCAUCAUAUAUCCCACACCCCCCCUUUAACUACUUCCAAGAUUUAACUCAAUUACUCCAGUGUGCUGUGGUCUGCGGACCCUGUGAUUGUGUUUUGGUAUCAGAGAGAGAGAGAGAGAGAGAGGUUUGUCUGUGUAAUGUGUAUGUUUUUGUAAGGAAGAGAAAGAAGUAGUUAAAUGGCACUGGCAUUUAGUUAGUGAAUCUUUUAAGCCAAAUAAUAUAAGCUUUGGUUGGGAGUGAAGGGUGAUCACCAUGAAAACGCAUAUGUUGGUUCUCUUCUGCCUAUUAUUGCUGGAAUGUUAUCUGGGAAGUGGAAUAGUGGUGCAAGAGAAGGCAGAUGCAGCAAUUCCAGUCACAACGCUAUCACCUCCGGAAGGCAACACUAGUUUCUUGGAUGGCACAACAUGGUGUGUGGCACUUGCAGGUGUCUCUCAAAUUGAUUUGCAGAAUGCUUUAGACUGGGCUUGUGGAUUGGGAAUGGCAGACUGCACUCCCAUUCAAAAGGGAGGACACUGCUAUGAUCCGGACACCCUUGUGUCUCAUGCUUCUUAUGCUUUCAACAAUUACUACCAACAGAAUGGCAAUUCUGAUAUCGCUUGCAAUUUUGGAGGAACCGCGACUCUAGUUCAAAACGAUCCUAGUUAUGGAAAAUGUCUCUACUCAGCAGCAUCUGGAUCUGUGGCCUCUUCAGCAGCGCCGAUUUCGCGGAGCUUCAUUUGGUGGAAAUUUGCUGCAGUGUUACUGCUUUUGUACUGGAGAAGCUUAUGAAUGUGUGUUAGAAUUGAGUUUGAAGCUAAAUUGGCUACACUAGAUUACUUGGUGAUAUGGGAAUGAAAAGAAAGAAGAUUUAUACAUGGUUAGGGUAGUAAGACAUCUCUAGAUGCUGCCCUGCUGCUGCUUUAAUCAUCAUUAGCAUUUUGUAAUUGCCAAGUUAUUCCUAGCUUUGUUGCUCAGUUAGGAAUCUGGCAUGUAAUUUAUCUACUUGAAAUUUUCGUGCUGCUUAUUUUGUUUUCAUAUCUUGUGUAAUUUAACAGUA